AUGGCGGCGAACGUGGUGGGGAGAGUAUCACCAACUUGUUGUAGACUAUUUUUGGUCCCAGUUUCGAGAAAGAUAGCAAAACCACCUAGCUUUGGUAAGUUUAAUAUUUAAGCAGUAUUUCUGUUCUAGUAUUUUGCCAAAUUUGACAUGAAUUACAAUUUUUGUUUGAUUUUGUUCGUUGGUCCAGUCGCCCGGCGAUUUUCAUCUAGUCUUAAAGCAAAUCUCAGACCGGUGUGUGUUCCUCAACAACAUUACUUCAGACGAUUUGGUGCAACGUUUACGGGUCAUGGAGAACAUGGCUCGCCUGUAGCUGACGAAGAAUUACAGAAGUGGUUAGAAGAGGCAAAAAACAAAAGUUGGCUAUGGAGAUAUUUUCACGACGUUGACGAAAUCGAGAGAAGCGUUAGUAUUUGAUAUUUUGAUGUAGCUCUUUUUUAAGUGUAAUUUAACCUUGAGGAUUUUGCCCUCAAAAGAUCGGAAUUAUUUCCAGUAUUUCGUGUGAUGAAAAAGUUGUAGCCUCUGAAACUAUAACAAAUUUUGAAGUGCAUGCUGUGUAACAUAUUAAGAAACCAGUCAUUUAAUUGAUAUUCGUAAGCUUUUUAUGUAACCCAUACGACCCAACAUGCUGUUUAUUAGAAAAAUAAUUUCAAAACAAAUUCUUGCACGAAGGCUGCAUGCAAUGGUACAAUUAGAAACAGGAAGAGCAAAAGGGCCCAACUUACAGCCCCUCGAUACCUAGCGAAGGAUAAACAGAGAUUUAUUUUAUUUAUUUAUUUAUUUAUUUAUUUAUUUAACAACUUUAUUGGGUACGUCUACAAGCUCAAAAUGAAUGCAUAUACAAGGAAAGAGACAAAAAAUGGAUAGACAUACGCCAAAAGGGUCAGUGCGAACGGGACAUGGAGUCCCAUGCGGGGCACUACCCUAAAUAAAAACGAAAAAAAAUAAAAAAAUAAAAAAAUAGUGGUGGCCGUAUGAUAAUGUGCUUAUCUACACUAUUGGGACAUCUUGACCAUAAGUAACUCGUUUUCCUCUCUGAAACUUCCACUCUGUCAAGAAGUACAUAUUAUAUCACUUGAAAAAAAAACUGCCCUAGAGGACAACUGAGGGUUGUUUAAAUUAUUUAAUUUAAACAAAGGUCUUUAGCUCCAAAUAACUGAAUUCAAAUUUGUUAUUUCCAGCUUAUGUCUGAACAAGAGUACAAUGAUCGGGAAAAAAUGGUUGAAAAGGUAGUUCUACUUUGCUUUGAUAAUCUGCUUUGUCAAUGUCAGGGAAAAAAGCUUAGCUUUAUUGAUUUGUGAGUUCACAGUUAUUUCACUGUUUUAAAUUAACUUCUACUCACCAUUGUGUUAUGUAUGAUUUACGAUAAAUUUUUUUUGCAUUAUAUAUAGUUAAUGGAUAGAUACUUUGACAAGCCAGAUGCAAAGUUUGAUCUAGAUAUUUUCGAGGAGUCAAUUGAUCUGCUUAUCAAGUACAAUGACAGAGAUGGUGUGACAACAUUUUGGAGACUAAUGGAAGAGAUGAAUGUUGAACCUCCUGAGGAGCUCAGAGAGAAGGUUUCUCUUUUUUUUUUUUUUUUAAUAAGAAGCAUACUGAAUUGCAAAGCAAUACUCCCUUUUGGGGGGGGUCCAGAGGCAAGCUCUCUUGUUGAAAUUUAAAACUCUCUGAAAAAUGAUGUCCAGCAUUGUGGGACAUAUUUUGAGUCACUUUUUUUUAACCAGAAAAUGAUUUUAGAAUCAGUUGGUUGUAUUUGAUCACAAUUCACAAAGUAGCCAGCAUAAAAUGGUCUGUCUGGGUUUCCAUAAUGCACCAGCCUCUAAUGACAACUCUGGAAGUGUGCUCGAGAUUGAUUCUGUUUCAUGAUUAUCCAGAUUAAGGAUUGUUGCAAAAAGGACUUUGAUUGGUGACAAUGGCUCGUGUUUGGCUCCAUAAAAUUAAGUAUAAAAUAUUUGUAACUUCCCAAAAAGCCUCAAAAAGCAGAUUGUCCUUUUUGUAAAUUUUACCACUUAGAUGAAAUCUCCUGGUAGGUGCAAUGAUGACAAGACCAGUAACAUUUUGUAUGAUUUGGAUUUCUCUCCUCAGGUUGAAACUUUCCUUGUGAAAGCAAGAGAGGCUUCAUGGUAUGAGUAGAACACUGCAGGAAAUUGAGAUUCUCAAACCCUUCAAUAAAGUUGAAGUCUGCUAAGAUGAAAAUUUUGCAAUGAAAUGGUUUACCAUGUUGGUUUGGUUUUAGAGCUGGCUUGAUUGUUAGAUUGGUGGUAGUCUUGUCAAACACAGUCAAAUCACCUGGUACAGUCUUACAUUUUGAUCUUGUGAAUUUGUCUUCUCCCUCCUUAUUGUGAAAGAUUAAUCAAUCAAGGUGUAUUCCUUCAAAUCUUGUCCAAAUUUGAAUUGUAAAUUCACUGAAAAUUCUGAUAAUUUGACAUCCACUUUUUUGACUAGUUGUAAUGACCAAUAAUCUUUUUGACUAAACAAUUUUGUACAUACACAGUUUGCCAACUUAACUGCACAAUAUUGAAAGAAGAAAUAAACUUGGAGCAGGGCUCGAGAUCCCCUACAGU